AGGUCGCAGCCAUCAUGUCUGGGAGAGGCAAGGGAGGUAAGGGCUUGGGCAAAGGUGGCGCGAAGCGUCAUCGAAAGGUCCUAAGGGAUAACAUCCAGGGCAUCACCAAGCCGGCCAUCCGCCGUCUCGCACGGCGUGGGGGAGUGAAGCGCAUCUCGGGCCUCAUUUACGAGGAGACCCGGGGCGUGCUGAAGGUGUUCUUGGAGAACGUCAUCCGGGACGCUGUGACCUACACGGAGCACGCCAAGCGCAAGACGGUCACUGCCAUGGAUGUGGUGUACGCUUUGAAGCGGCAGGGACGCACCCUGUACGGCUUCGGAGGCUAGGCCGCUGCUGCAGGCUUUAACGUGCGGCAAUCUCAAAGGCCCUUUUUAGGGCCACCCAUGGAGUCUUUGGAGGAGCUGGGUACUCUUUUUGUGUGUGUGUGUGUGUGAGAGAGAGAGACCUUGCAGCUGGGCCGCUCAAUCAACUGCCCCUGUGCUCUGCUACGGUGGCAUGUCAGGAAGCAGUGCUUGUGAGUCACCCGGUGUCCUAUCCCGAACAGUGGGACCGAGGCUUCCUCUGCCCCAUUGCAGCUGUGCAGCGGUGUCCGGACCUCGGUGUCGUUGACUAGUGAAAGGCGCUCCACAGCAAUCCGUGUGCGGAUUCAGCCAUUCAGGCCAGUGCUGCCUUUGCCAGUCAAACUUGCUAUUUCUCCAGUCUAUGUCCGCAUAGCAAAGUCCCUCAGGGACGGGGCUGGGGGCCUGGGGUUGAGGCGGG